AUGGCGGUCUCCUCGCCUUCUUCCGCUCCGGAGAAGAAGAGGAAGUGGCUCCUCAGCAACAGGAAGGUGAUCGACAGGUACCUUCGGGAGGCGCGGGCGAUUCUCGCCGCGGCGCCGGAAUCCGGCGGCGGGGACGCCGUGGCGGCGCUCGGCCUCAUCGACGCCGCGCUGGACCUGUCGCCGCGGAUGGAGGCCGCGCUCGAGCUGCGGGCGCGGGCGCUCCUCGCGCUGCGGCGGUACCGCGAGGUCGCGGAGAUGCUCCGUGACUACAUUCCCAGCUGCGGCAAAUCCUGCUCCGGCGAGGAUGCCUCCUCGUCGUCGUCCUUGUCCUCCUCCAGCUCCGGUGACCUUGGCACAAUCUCCCGUGCCAAGCUCCUCUCCCCCGAGCGCCACCGCUCCGACGCGGCCGAGACUGACACUGGGACCGCUCGCUCCUUCCGCUGCUUCGAUGUGUCCGAGCUCAAGCGCCGCGUCCUGGCCGGCCUCUCUAAGAACCCCAACACGGACACGCAGUGGCGGUACUUGGUCCUGGGGGAAGCUUGCUUUCACCUCGGCCUCAUCGAAGAUGCCAUGGUUCUUCUCCAGACCGGCCGCCGCCUCGCCUCGGCGGCUUUCCGCCGCGAGAGCGUUUGUUGGUCGGAGGACAGCUUCUCAUCAUCGACUGUCGCCGCAGCUGUUGCCUCAGUGCCAUCGGGCAACGCUUCCAAGUCCGGGUCGGCGUUCAUCAUACCGGCCGUGGAGUCGGAGGCCAUGUCCCAGCUCCUGGCUCACGUGAAGCUCCUGCUCCGCCGCCGCACGGCCGCCAUGGCGGCCCUCGACGCGGGCCUCCCAGCGGAGGCCGUCCGCCAUUUCUCCAAGAUACUCGAGGCACGCCGUGGCGUGCUCCCGCACACCUUCGCCGCCGCGUGUCUUGUCGGCCGCGCCGCGUCAUUCCAGGCUGGCGGCCGCCCGGCAGACGCCAUAGCAGAUUGCAACCGUGCGCUGGCUCUCGACCCCGCGUACAUCCCGGCGCUCCGCGCCCGUGCCGAUCUCCUUCAGUCCGUGGGGGCGCUCUCCGAUUCCCUCCGUGACCUUGACCACCUCAAACUUCUGUACGACGCGGCGCUCCGUGACGGCAAGCUGCCGGGGCCCAGGUGGCGACCGCAGGGUGGCGUGCGCUACCGCGAGAUCGCGGGCGCCCACCGCAAGCUGAUCGCCCGGAUUCAGGGGCUACGCAGCCGCGCCGCCGUGGGCGAGGGGUGCAACAUCGAUUACUACGCUCUGCUGGGCGUGCGGCGCGGGUGCACGCGCUCUGAGCUGGAGCGCGCGCACUUGCUACUCUCGCUCAAGCUCAAGCCGGACCGCGCCGUGGUGUUCGGCGAGCGGCUGGAGCUGGUGGACGAGCACCGCGACCUGGAGGCGGUGCGCGACCAGGCCCGCAUGUCCGCUCUGCUCCUGUACAGGAUGCUGCAGAAGGGGUACUCGUUCAUCAUGUCGGCCGUGAUCGACGAGGAGGCCGCCGCUAGGCAGAGGGCGAAAGAAGCCGCGGCCGCCGCCGCGGCGUUGCCCAAGCAGCAACAACAAGCGGCGCCGAUACCGGAGAAUCCUCCCGUCGUAAACAGCGCCACCGCGAGGACAACGGCGAAACCGAAGGUGAAGGCUGCAGCGGCCGUUGCAACGGUGUCGUCCCAGGCGACGGCGUCGGUGUACCAAGGGGUGUUCUGCCGCGACCUGGCGGUGGUGGGCACGCUGCUGUCCCGCAGCGGGUUCGACCGUUCCCUCCCGGUGAAAUGCGAGGCGAUGAGCUGCUGA